UCCGUACACACAAUACUCAAUAGUAACUGCACAGAUUCUGAGAUUGUGAGAAAAAAAAGUAGGGGAAAACAACGAUGAAUUGAGUCAUUUUCUUUUUAAAAGUGGGCUGGAUAUGAAGUUACUUUAAGUUUACGGUGGAGCGUCUUCGUAGCUUCAGGUUCAAUGAGAUGAUGUGAUCGUGACUUGAAAUCAUCUUCAGACUGAGAAGGGUUUCUUGACCCAGUGUCUUCAUGCACUCCGUUCGUUAUUUGACCAGCCACAUCUUGGCCUUACCCCUUAGAACGAUGGAGCAGAGUAGGAAAGUGAAGUGCGGCUUGUACAUGCUGGCGUAUUUGGAUUACAUCAUCCUGGUGGCUGCGUUAACAGCAGGCCUUUAUGCCAGUUGGCUCAAAACCGACAAUGUUAUGUUGAUUGUCAUCGGUGGUUGUGGCUUGUUCUUAUUUGCAUUCUGUGGCAUGUUGUACUACUACUUUGGCUUGGUGGAUAUUAGUUCCAGUUUCACUCAUCUCUGGUGCGGUUGUCUUCUUGGUCUUAUAUCGUUUGUACACAUUGAGACAUACCAGGUUCAGGAGGUUCCUGUUGUAGUCACCACAGUGAUGUUGAUGACAAGUAUGGUAAUCAAAGUGUUCUGGGCUGUGGUGCAGCGCUUUUGUGGUUUAGUGACGUAUUCAUCUGUCUUAUUAACCCAUGUGGAGAUAUUUCAACUGGUUGGGUUCUCAGUGGCCUGUUUCUUACACACCCAAGCCAUGUACGCAAUGUGGUUGAUGGUGUUUGCAUGUGCUUUCACACUGAUGACAAUAAGGCUGAAAGUGAUUCUUGCCAUUCCUUGCCUUGCCAUGUUUCUUACCAUAUCUAUAGCAGCUUUCAUUAACACAGUGGAUUUGUCAUUCAAUGUUGUUGCAUUGAGUUGUUUCUUUGUUCGUCUCUUUGUGGACCCCAUUCUUGAUUUGUACUACUGCAGUCUGUCAGGCAUGGAGAGGUGGGAUGUCGUGUUUAGCACACAUCGAUGGUUCAGGAAGAUCUGUAUCCUCUUGGUGCUUGCUUUUGAGAUUGUGUUUUUUAUUCUUGCUGGAGAGUCGACUGUUAACCAUGAGGAGUGGUACUACGCUGUUCCCGCUUUCAUCGUCUUUGGUUUGCUGUGGUUUUGUCUGCACAUCAUCUUCAUCAUCUCAUGCUGGACAUUUACAAACAAACUGACGGAAUGCUACCAGGCAUACUGCGGUGUACAGGGAGAGACCAAUAGGAAUCUCGGUAUGGUCAUGGCAGCCAAAGGCAUGCGCUUCGUCGCUCUCAUCUCUCGUAACCUCAUCUUCACAACGUUCAUCACCACGUUGCUUCUGGGCGGGGUGUCUUGGCAGGAUAAUAAUGCAGCUUUCAUGGCAAGUUGGUUGAUAGUGCUUCCUAUUGAGAGUAUGCUGCAUGGUGUGCUGUAUGAGUUAGGGACGUCACUUGGAGGAACAUGUACGGGUUACGCAGUUGUUGGCCCAUCAGCCUUCUGUAGAGUUGACGGGUCUCCGGUUCUACUCCCAGCAUCCAGCAUGGAGGAAGUGAACAGUCGCUCUAUUAGACUCCUCAGCACCAUGCAGCGUUUCUUUCUGCAUCACAUGAUCGAUGUCUUCAGCUGUGAUUUCUCCACCAGUGGGCUCAGUCUCACCACCCUCAAGGCUAAGAUGAGAAAUUUUUUCGCUCGGCAGAUGCCAGAUGGUCCGAGGUUCGACACUUACCUGGUGUACUACAGUGGUCAUGUGCAUCCUAGUGGGGACUGGGCAUUGGCAGACAAUGAAGUCUUCAAGUUUGAGUCCAUCCUAGAGCUAUGGCAGGAAGCGAGCAUCAAAGACUCUCAAUCAAGACUCAUUCUGAUUCAAGACGCAAACAGCUGUGUAGACUGGCUGAAACAAAUCCCUAAGAACACUACCAACGUCAUCGGAUUGCAGGGCUGCGUCAUUGGCAAAUCAAAAGACUCUGAGACCGGGGCGUCGGUGGCAGUCGGGGACUUCACUCAUGAAUGGGUAGACUUCAAUUGCUCUUCAGAGAGCAGCCACACGGCAACUUGGAAGGAGGAAGGGAGGAAUGUGAAAGCCGUUUAUGCUGUAUCACAUAUGUGGAGUGAGUUUGAGUUCCAUAGACCGACGGAUGAGGAUAUUGAAGAGCACUGGCAGCAGAGCUUCCCUCGCUUGACGCACCCGUUAAUCAAAGUCCUAAGAAUUCCAAGUGCUCUGGACAAGUACAAUUUUUCUUGCUGGAACUGCUUGAAACGUUGGAAGAUGAAGUGGUUACCCCCUCAUGUCGUCAAUACAGGACAUGGUUUUAAGCUGGUUAGAUCAUGACCUUCAUAUAGAACCAGGCUUGAAGGAGACAACCUUGUAGGAGUCUGUACACCAUGAUGUUCAAGCCUAAGGUUGUGGACUGAUUAGUUCAAGAACUUCCCACAUUAACCAAGACAGAAUUCCAGAGAGCUGCUAAAACAAAUACUGCAUGAAUGCUUCACGUUAAGAGUUAAUUUCAAAUUGGUAGAAUGCCGACUAAUAACCAAAGAAACAUGUGAAAAGAUUUAAUUUUAUGUACUGUAGUUUUCAUACCAUAAUGCUACGGUUAAUGAACUGGUUUUUUUUUUUUUAUACCUUCAAUGCUCUGCACAGUCUGUAUUUCUGGCGACUUAAACACAGAAACGUGUAAGCUUUGACAGUUUGAGGAAAAGAUCCGUUUCAAAUCCUGUCUUCUCUACAUGAUAUGAAAAAUCAGAAACAGUUUAAGCCAGGUUCAUACUUCUUACACUUGCGAUACUUAUUUUUACGUCACAAAUUCGCAACAAAUAAUUCGGAAAAUCUCUUGCAAAAUAUUUGCUACGAAAACAGAAAUUUGUAUUGCAUUCAUAUUUGCCAGAAGUAUGAACCGGGCUUUAUAGUUGUUGACAUUUUGUUGACAUUGAUGAACCUGUUACAUGGAGCCUUUCUCAAACCUCGGCUUGGGCUCCGGCUCAGGCUGAGGCUGAGGCUCAGCGCGCUGUGUACGCAGCUUGGCCCUUAACCUGCAUUUUCAGCGUGAAUUGCACCAACAUCAGCACGCGGAGGCUGAGCCGAAGCCUAAGCCAAGGUUUGAGAAAGGCCCAUGUUGUCCAUAUCUUUGUUGUUUGGGGGUGCAGUUAGAAGCCAUUCAUCCUGUAACUGACAGCUGUAAACCAGUGAUCACACCCAAGGUUACAGUACAACCCGGGAACUUUGAACUCAUGCUUGCCAUUUAUAAUGUGUAUGUAGCUGUCCACUAUUAAUGUGAUUCUGUGGGACAAAGAAAAUGGUGUAAGAUUGUUCAUUAAUACAUUAGUCAUCAGCCAACAUUGCACUUCGACCUUUGAACCUAGAAGUGUUCAGCAGCUCGGGUAAACUUGGUUAUAUUAAAAUCAGAUAGAGCUAACUGUGGAGAUGAGCAUAAGUUAUUGAUAGAUUUGGAAAGAGUUGUAAAAUUACAUUUGGAAUUACAUGAUUCAUCACAAGGUUGAGAAUUUGUUGUUAAAAGUACUUAAUGCAAAAAAUAGUUAAUUGCCUGACGCACUUACGAAUAAUUAAGACUGCAUUUUGCCUACUACGCAUGAACAUGUGAAUUACUACAGUUCGAUCUGAUUUUGCAAAAACAUGGCACCUUCAUAAAACAAAUACAGGCAUUGAGUUUGCCUUUUUCCAUGAAAUAAUCGUUUACAUUAAGGAUUUGUUCUUAUUGAAGGGCACAGUAGUUUUGGGGUGGAGAGAAGGAAUCUCUAAGAGUCACAUUUGCAAUUUCCAAUGUAGCAAUUUAAAGGGCACCAAGGCAAUGAUUAGGGGCAUGAGGCAAUUGCCUCUUGUUUUCUUGAAGAAGGUAGAUUGUGUCCCUACUACCAAGGUUAACAGCUUACUAUUUUAAUAACACAGACAGAGGGAAUACAAUUUGGUGUGCACAUUAACUGAUUAGAAACUUUACACACUUGUGGUUAGUUUUAAGUAGUUUGCUAGAGUUCACGUUAACUGUGGUGUGGUUAACAUCCAGUUGUUUUGGAUUUUCCCCAACCCAAAAAGUAUUAAAUAUAUUUUAUAAGCUGAAAUAUGAUUACUGGUUAAGUUUUUUGUCUUAUCUGUUUUUGAGCACUUUCAAAAUGUGUAUGAUUAUACUCUGUUGAUAGUGUCAGAAGUUUGGUAUUUGUUUCUACAUAUGGCUACAUUUAUACUUAAAGACCUGCUUGAAAGAAAAUGUCAAGUCUUAGCAAACUCCCAGAC